UCAUGGGGGUACUGUUACGUGGCGAAUCACCGUCGACGACUAUGAUGGAGAUGGAGAUGUCGACAUUGCCUUCAUCUCUUACUACGAUGACAAGGGCUGGGGAUGGCUGGAGAACACGUGGCCUGAUCUGCCCUCGGCUUGGUCGUAUCAUCAUGUUGACACCUCUGGUGGCUACACAAACGUAGUGCCGCACGACAUCGACGGAGACGGCUCAAUGGACGCCGUGGGUAUCAAGUACGCUCAGAACGAGCUUCAUGUCCUCAUUGCCGGGCCCGGUGGCAAGGUCAGUGCCCAUUCACAAUCCAUCGUUGCCAUCCCCCACCAGAAUGCUAACGACGCCGUCAUUAGCGAUCUGGAUGCAGACGGUGACGCGGACGUUAUUGUGUGCGACCAGCUCAACGCGUGGUUAACCAUUUAUCUCAACUCUGGCGCUGCGCCUUACUACGGCCCGUCAUCGGACAUGACCAUCGGUCUCGCCCAAGCCAAGAACGUGCGCAUCGAGCUCAUGGACGCCAACAUGGAUGGAACACCUGAUGUCGUUGUUGGGACGUACUCAACCGGAGGAAGGUUGACAUACGUUGCCUUGCAGUCGCGCCUCGGUUCGGGCCUGCCCCAGUUUGCGCCGGCCUACUAUCUUGUGCCAUCUGGCACCGAUGCACCAACGUUUCACAUUGGCCCAAGCAGGGACACAUCGACGGCUCGUGUCGCUCUCUACACGAGCGCUACACGAGAUCUGACUCGAGUCAAGCUCCAGCCGCUUGGGACAUUUCCGCUCUACACUGCUCUCUCGGGCUCGGUACCGACUCGGACCGUGUCGUCAGCAGCACGCGCCCUCGACAUGGAUCACUCUGGCCACAUCGAUCUGGUUUUUGCUGCUGGUAAUGCGCUUUACGUAGCGCUGUCGGGAGUGACCUCCGCCUCGACGCUUGCCCCGCCUGCCCUUCUCUUCUCGUUGCCUUCCUCUGCCGGCACGGUCUCGAGCUUUGCUGCCGCGGAUGUGACGGGCGACGCCGCCAUUGACAUUGUUCUCGCUGCUUCGGGCUCGAACGAUCUCUUUGUUUUGCGCGGCGGUGUGAGCACGGCGCUACCGUGGAGCCACGACGCCACGACGCUACCGACCGGCCUUCCUACCCCAGCGAUAUCGGUCGAGACGCUUGAUGCGAACGGCGAUGGCACCGUCGAUGUCCUCGCGUUCUCGGCUUCUGCUGCCGUGGUGGUGCCGGGCAUUCCGUGGACUAGCGAUGCAGCUGUGGCCUGGUUUGACUCUCCAGUGGUCCUGCCGCUUCCUGGAGGUAUUGUGCUUGUCCCUGGCUGUGUCGUGUGGACUGCUGACGUUACCGGCGAUGGGCUGCGGGAUCUGGUGUUGCUCGAUGUGGCAGCUGGCGACAUCUACGUCGCAGCCGCCACGCCCGGUAGUGCCGUGGCAUUUGCACCACCUGUAGUGCGCCUCGCAGCCGGCGCGACUGCCGUCGGUGCAACUUCGUUUGCGCUUGCCUCGAUGGGUCCAGGGCCGAAUGCCGGUCCCGAUCUGGUGUGGGCGCAGGCAAGCUCGGUGUACGUCGCUCUCUCGCCCGGCGGCCCCGGGUCGUACUGGCUGGCAGCAGUCUCGCUCGGAUCGCCUUCGGGCGCCCUGCUGGUGGACUUGUGUGUCGUCGACGUCACGCAUGAUGGCCGCGCCGACGUGUUCUGGGUCGACGUCUUGGGCGCGGCCGGCUUUUGGUUCAACAACGAGCUGGACAUGUCUUUUGACGCGAGUGAUGUACGCAAUGUUGUCGAUACCCUCCCGACCUCGGCAACGCUCUCAUUGGUGCUUGCUGACUUUUCAGACGACGGCUAUCUGGACAUUGCCGCCGUAACCAACACCUCGGUUCAUGUCGCCCUGCAAACGCCCGAGUUUGGGGCGCUUGUAGCUGUGCCCGGCUCGCGUGCUACGCUGACAGUGCCCGAGUGCGGCGGCGUGCCGUACACUCUGGCCUGUCUCGCCGCAUCGCUCAGCCACAUCUCUUCCUGCACGGACACCUACGUUGUUGGAGCAGGGCUCGCCCGACCGUUUGUCGGUUGCGCGCGAGAGCAGACCGUGCUGGGGAUUGUGGGCGGCGGACGGGCGGUGCCUGUCUCGUCCGCCACACACAUCUCCAACGCAGCGUUUGAUUGUGCGGCACGUGGCGGUGGUGUGGUUUUUGCCGCCACCGCCACGCUCCAUCUGGUCAACGUUGCGGUCCACGGCACCACUUUCGGCUUGCCAGCUUCGUCUGAGACUGCCGGUGUGAUGUCGUCGGCCGCUCUGGUGGUCACCAACUCGAGCUUUUCUCAUUGCGACACUUCGGCCGCAUCGACCUUCCAAUUGCAGGCCGGGCAAGGUGGAUGCAUUGUCGUCAACGGUGGUAGCCUCGUGCUCACUGACACAGUCUUUACCGACACUGACGCUGCGUUUGCCGGCGGUGCUGUGGCCUUGUUCGGCGCGUCUUCGGUAACGAUGGCUGGAUGCGUGUUUGAGCGGACGCGAGUGACCGGUGCGAAUGGCAUCGGCGGUGGUGCUGUGUACGCGUCGGCGGUGUUAGCGGUUGUUGUCCGCGACACGGCUUUUACGGCGGCCUCGGCAAGUUCGGGCUCGGGCGGGGCGUUGUACAUCGAUGGCUCGACUGUGAGCUUGGCGCUUGAUGGUGUGGUUGCCGAGCACUGUACUGCGCUUCUCGGGGCGGGCGGGGCAAUGGCUGUCACUUCACUCUCGCUCACGCUCGAUCAGAGCGGGCCGAUCACUCUCCGCGAUUGCUCGGCGCGCUGGGGAGGGGCUGUUGCGGUCGCGGGUACAGCCGUCCCUUCCGCGUUAGAGCCCAUGGCGCUGCGGCGGGCCGGCUCUUCCGUGUCUGCCCUCGGUGCAGCAGCCGACUUUAUAGUCGACGGCGCGACGGCAGCUUACGGUGGCGUGGCCUUUUCGUGUGGCCCGUCAUGGGAGUUUGGCAACGAGACCGAUAUUCGAGGCACCGUUGCCGCCACCUUUGGUGGUGGCAUUGUGUACCACUGCUUGGACGAUCCGCAAUUUCAAGCGCCUCCCGCUCUGUGGGCGGCCGCAACAGUGACUGCCGGCUACGGCGAGGUGGCAGCGUCCCAGCCGGCAUCGGCGAUGCCGGCCUCGAUUCCAUCCACGGCCACUGCCGGUUUGGGUCUAGGGAAAGGCGAGGUGACGCUCCGUGAUGCGUAUUCCACCCUUGUGGUCGAUGCGAACUUGCUCUACACCGUCAUUUCGUCGUCGCUGAUAGAUCCUCGUGCGUUGGAGCGCAAGGGAGAGUACGUCGGCGGCGCAUACUCACUAGCUUCUGUUGCGCUCUCACCAUUGAGCAUUGCGGACCUUGGAGUCCCACUAAGCUACUCGCUGCGGCUCAAGGAGGCACUGGCCGACAGCGCAACAGAGAUUGCAGAUCUGACGGUGACGCUCUCGGCAUGCGGCGAAGGCUACGGGCGGUUCUCAGCCGAUGGCACGCCACUAGUAUGCGCCGAGUGCUUGACGGGCACGUUCUCGCCCAACACCUCGACCGAUCCGUGCAAGGUACAGGUGACGUGCAGCGGGAGCGCCUUGGCCAUCAACGGCGAGUGCGUCGAUUGCCCCGACAACACGCUGCGGGUUAUCAACGGCUCGUUGGACAUCCCGCCUUGCGUCUGCCCGCCGGGCUUUUACACACCGGAACGGCGAGUCAACACGGCAUGCAUUGCAUGCCCACCUGGUGGCACAUGUGCCGGUGCGCUGAUGUGGCCCGUCGCCUCUCCCGGCUUCUACCCAGAUGACGGCACUUCGGCCGGCGUAGAGUUUUCCGCCUGUAUUGUGCCGAGCGCAUGCAUCGGCGGGCUCAACUGCGGAAGGCAUUACAAGGUCGGAUCGUACUUUUGCACCUAG